AUGACGGCGUGCGACUGUAACUUAAAGAAAUUCCUUCUGGAAUUUGUGUUGAUCUCUAACUUAGCGUACGUGUUAUCGCGUUCCCUACCAGCUGGAAAUAUACCAUACCAGGUGGCUCCUUUGUCAAUACCCUAUCCCUUUCAAGGCAAUACAGCGCUGCACACAGGAUAUUAUAAUCCUCAACUUACUCACACUUAUCAGCCCCCUGAGCCAGCUGGCACCUUUUAUGACAGCAAGCGUGGCAUACUGCGUUCCUUUCCAGGCGGUGGAGUACCAGUGUUAGUCGACUAUCAUAAGCGUUGUUCCGGUGGGUUUUUUGGCAUCAAACCGCAUCCUAAUCAGCGCCAAUACUACUAUGUUUGCAAGCCAGAUUGCGUGAUUUUUGGAAGAUGCCAAAAUUUACAGUUUUUCGAUGGCACCAAAGGUCAAUGUAGUCCCUAUCCCACACCAGAGUUCACGCCAGUUUGCACGAAGCCCGGUCGUUUUCCUAUUUUAUCAGACUGUACUACAUACUACAGAUGUGAUGCACAACUAAAGCCACGUAUCUACGCUUGUCCACGAAAUACGGUAUUUUCGCCACGCGAAGCCAAGUGUAUCUGUGGUGCACAGUGCAAUCCGACAGAAGUGUCUACGCAUGGUUCGCAUAUACCACAAGAUUGUGAGCAUAAAUUCCCACCAUGUCUGCAGGAUGGCACUUUCCGUGCGCCCACUGAUUGUUCGCUCUACUACACGUGUGUCAUGCAAUCGAAGGGGAUCUACUUACAAACACGCUUCAAAUGUCCUGAUCUCACAUUCUUCGACACAGCCCGACAAGUGUGUCGGCCGCAAUACGAAGUUGCCUGUGAUUCCAUACAACUAUCAGAGUUAGUAUAUCCCAGACCGCCACCAUUGCUCCACUUACCGGUCAUAUAUCCACCCCAUUAUGCUUUAGAUUCGCUGGAAGAUAGCGAAUAUCCAGCUGAGUAUUCAAUGUCAUGCUCCAAAGAGGAUACCUACGGCUCUAGAGUAGAUUCAACUGAAGCUUUAUACUAUACACAAUCCCCAGUGAUCGAUUCUACAUUGUCUACAUCAGUUUCUGCUACGCCGACGACAAUUGGCUCUCCCUCAACAACGUCGAUGACAACUGUUAUACCAACGGCUGCUUCUUCACCAACAGCGUCAUCAGCUGAUCUUACUAUAAUUACUGCAUUGCCAACAACUCCUGCUGAGCAAAGUACAUCGCAAACAUCUCCCGCUACUAGUUCCUCAACCACUCUUUCAACAGCUUCAUCACCAACGGCGACGGAACCAACAUCUGGCGCAACGACAAUCGCUGCAACGACAACUGCUACUUCAACAACAGCGCCUUCAACAACAACAGAAGCAGCGGCAAGCUCGAUGGAAACAUCUUCAAGCGAAGAAACUGCUCCACGAACUCUUGCCUUUAUCAAGCCACAACCAUCAUUAUUACCCGAUCUGUUAACAAGAGAACCACCAAGUUCCUCCACUGAUGAAAUUUCCACUGAAGGUCCAGUGUCAACAUCCUCCUCCACGGUCACCUCUGCAGAAACCGAGACCUCUACACCAAAUAUCUCACCGACUUCAACAUCAUUAUCUGCAGAAACUUCUUCGACAUCGUCACCGUCAAUGUCUACAGACCCAACAUCUUCGUCCCCUUCAAAUUCAGCAUCAACAAUUUCUACCAAUCCUACCUCAACAUCAAUUGAUCCUGCCUCAUCCUUGUCACCCUCAUCAGCUACCACUACAAUAACGGCUUUACCCACAAACCCAGCCACGAACAAUCCAAUGCCCACAGCUACUGCGGAUAUGGCCACAGCAGCAAGUAGUCUUCAACCUGGUUCUACAACGUCUACAGCUUCAUCAGAGCCUGUUUCUGCUACAAACAGUGCAAUGUUAACUGAUUCUACUUUAAGUUCUUCGACCACAACGAUGCCUCCUAUAACAUCCUCAUCACCAACAGGAGAAACUACAAGCGCUUCGGCACAAACUACUACAACAACGACGGCUAUACCUAGAACCACAAGUACCAGAAGUACUGCAGCAUCCACGGAUUUUAUACAAAAUACAAUAAAUCUAUCAGAAAUACCCAACACCAACACAAACAUAAAUAAUCCAAUCACAAAUGAGAUCAGAAGCAUAAGAUCCCAUACACCAGCCGAAUCAGUCAUAGAACAGAGAAAUAAUGACAAUGCAGACUACACUGAUUUAACUUCGCAGGAAGUUGAAAAUGUGGUAUAUUCCGAUGAGUAUGAUUCUGAUUUGGCAACAACGGAAAACGCAUUGAAAGACAAAUUCACGGAAGAAGUAGGAAUCAAAAUAACAGAGCUUUCGCCAAUUACUUCAACAGGCGUUACACAAAAGGUCCCGGAAAGUGCAAAGCAAUUGGGCGGGGCAAGAAAUCAAGACGUUUUGCCAAAUGACGCGCUAGAAAUUGAAGACAUGGAUGACGUAGUAAAUGAAAUACGGAUGCAUAAAGGUAGUUCAGAUGUCAGUUAUUAUGAGGACGAUAUGGAGUACAAUGAAGUAUUAUCCACAAGUCAAAAGACGACUACAACAAGUGAGGAGACGGUCGUGAGCAAACAAGCGCCAGUCACUAAAGACCUCCAUACCACCUCGCAUUCAAAGAAAUUAGAAGAAAAAGGAGAAGAAUCUAUAACAAAUCUCGAAUUACAUGAUCACUCCAAAACGAGUAGAGAAGUUCAAGAGCUAAAUCAAACGACCAACACACUACCAAGGAACAAGGUAACUGUUACUGAGCUUAGAACCUCACCCGCUGGUAAAGCAAGAACUCCGAGCGCUAUACGACAAACGUUGGGUACAGUUGAAGAGAGUUUUGAAAUGGCCCUUGAAUCCGAUAAAUUCAAAAUUUCUACAAACAAAAGAUCCUUUGGUAAACAUGAAGAAAAUAUGAUCACAAGUGUCAAUCAAGAGCACACUCAAGAAUCUAUGAAGAUGCCUUUAACGGAUGUUAGCACUGAAAAAGGAUUAAUAGAAAAGAUGGAAUGGUUAAGAGAAAGUACUAGUGAAUCAAUAAAUACUGGCGAUGAGGUUAGUUCCACAACAGAGGCCGAUGGAAUUGCAACGAGUUCGUUAGUAUUUCAUGAACAGUCCAAUCUUGAAAGAGUUGAGAGUAAAAGCUCACUCGAUGCAUUAAGUGGUGAAAGUAGUCCCGAAGCUGCAGAAGAAUCCAACAUUUCGGGCACUGAAUUAAAUUCAAAAACUGAAGAAAAUGGUGCAAUUGCGACCAAUGCCAAGGAAAUCGAAGCAACGCUCAUAGACAGAAGUCUACCCAAUUCCACUGCAACAGAGCUAUUCAGGCGAGAACAUGAGUUACCUCACAUAGAUCCUCCAAUUAACGGAGUCCGGAAGAAUGAGAGCCAGGCAAGCACCCAGCGAAUCAAGAUGGAGUCCAGUGGUGAGAACCACGAUUUCAGCUUAGAAAAUCCCCAAGCACCCAGUAAUUCUCAGCAAAUUAUGGAAAAAGUUACUUCGACUCUCGAUAACAGCGAUGACUCGAGCUCACUAGAAAGUGAGUCGAUAGAACAUACUCAAGUAAGAGUGGUGAAAGCGGUCGCUGUAAAGAGCCAUAAAGAUGAUUCAUGGAAUCACCAACCCAGUAAUGAGAUAGUAAUGGGCAUCCGACAGAUCCCCGCUAAGCAUAUCAGUAUAGAAAAUCUCAAUCAGAACCAACAGCGGGAAAUUUUCAAGCCCCCAACCGAAAAGAGCCUCACGGCAAAUACUGAAACCCAUGCAAUAACAUCUAUUGAAGAUGAGGCUAGCACGAAAUUUCACGCCACAACCGAAAGAUUUUCUUCUAUUAAUGAUUUGAAUUCGAAUAAUCUCUUGAGUCCGCCUACAUCCACCGAACCGAAUACUAUAAAACACGAGAGUCAUAACCGAAAAAUAAUUGAUGAGAGCUUUGAAGAAGCACACGUUGGGCAGGUAGAGUCUAUAGAAUCUCAACUUACUACUAGCUCCAGAGAGGAAAUGAUUCAAACAAGAACUUCGCAUGAGCUGCUCAACAUUGAGAAUCCUAAUCGGAAUGAAGAUGCGCCACACACAGAAUUGUCUAGGGAAGAUGAAAUUGAAACGUCUACAUUGAGUCAAAGCAGUGGCGAUUUCAUAAAAUUAUCAAGCUCACUUUCAUUUGCGAAUCCAAGUACUUUGAGACCUGUACGAGAAGCUGUGGCUGCAAGUGAAGAAAGCAGCCAAAAAGAAAAUGAAAUAUUGAAACUCACAGAAUUUGUGACACCCACCACAACGACACCUACCCAAAGAGAUCGCGACAUUCAAACAACUUCCAACACCGAUAAUAUAAAUAUUGAACGGUUAGAAGAUAGCGUAGACCAUUCAGAAUUCCAAGAGCAAGACUCUAUGGUGGCUGAAACAAAUCUUCGGAUUCAAGAAGAAUUGGAAACUCUUACGAAAGAGUUGGCAAAUGAACAUUUCGAAAAGGUCGACAGAAGUCCAUCGGAAAUCGACGUGGAAGAAAGUCUUGCCUCUGCUUUAGAGGAGCGUACUGGUCUAAUUAGAGUCACUAGUGUUCCGCUGCAGGGUAAGAUCUCAAAUGGAGAUUCUAUGCCAAUACAAUCAGUUGGCUUGGGUGCUAACGAAG